GGCUGACAACAAUUAGAAGCAUAAACAUCCAUGUAAACAAAUUUUUGAUUUGUAUUAAAAACAGAUUCUUGUAUCAUCCUGACAGAAAUGAUAGUAAUGCCCAUUGUACUUAUAAACACACAUUUAUACACCUCUUACUUUACCAAAAUAUUAUACACAUUUAGAAUUCUGGAAAACAGGACUGAUACUAGACGACUGUUAACCCUUAGCUAAGUGGGGUCGUUAUUCUUCUCUGCAAGUGUUUUAUCUAAGAGUAGAUAUCGUUACAAAGGCUAGAGAUAAGUAACCAGAGGUUAGUUGUUUGAACCAGAUUGUCCAUGACUAGAAAAGCAGCACAGGAGUUGUUCAGUGAAUUGUCUCCCACAGUGACAACUUCUUUUACACUUCUAGGAUAUUAAAUUUACACAGGUAACCAACAUGGAAAAGACAUCAACCAGUUUAUCCAGGCAAUCAUCCAUCAACAAUCCCAGACGAAGCUCUCCAGUGUUGUACCUGUUCUUGUCCCCCUACUUUAAGAAGUUCCUGUGUGUUGGCCUGUUCUUUUCUUGUGGCAUGAUCGCUGGAGUAUUUUUACGUGAAUACGUGCUGGAUGGCAUCAGCUCAAGAAGCAUAUUUUAUCAGCAUAACAGACCAACUAAUGAUGUAAGCAAACAAAUCUCACAUGAACUGCAAAGAGAUGAAGGCAGGCCAGGACUGAGCAUAAAGAAAGACCUAAGCAUACAAUUUAGAGAUUAUUUACCUCGUCGUAUAUUCAUCAAUACUGCAGAGAAUGUUCCCUACAGCUUGGAUUUGUUUUUGCAGACAUACCCAGAUGCCCAUAAAUACCAUGUAUACACCUUCCUUGCUGACAAAGCUUAUAGUCCACUUUAUACUAAGUAUUCAAACCAUGUUUUGUUUUCAGGAGCCAGUUUUUCAAGUAGUGAAAGCAUCAUAAUGAUGGAUUUUGCAGUUUCAUUAGGUGAUUAUAAUAGGAAGAAGGUGAACUCAUCUGUGACACUGGUAGACAUGUUAACAUGGCUCCAAGACAAUGUUCAUGUGGAUGAUUAUGUGGUGGUUAAGCUCAGCACUGACCCAGAAAAUGAGAAACGCAUUGCAGAGAGGUUGACAAGCUUUACAUCACCUGACUGGAUUGACAAACUGUACACCACAACCACUGAAGAUAACUUGUUUUAUUUCAUAAGAGAACAGUUUCAGGUAUAUGGGCAUCAUGUUUAUCGCUGGAAUGAUGAUCUGCUAACAUACAGUGACUUUGAAGUUAUCAAUCCAUCUAAAUUUUCUCCAAAGGAUGGCAUUCUUGUCAAGGAAGCUUGUGGAGACAAGAAUAAAACUCAGUUUACAGCUUUCCUGUAUGCACCCCAUGUACAAUUUUCACUAAAUGGAACACUGAGUUUACUUCACAUCAUGUCAGAAAAAAUUAAAGGCCAACUUCCAGUCACUCUCUUUUUGCCACCAGCAUACUUCGAAUCAACAACAAUGUGUCAGCAACUGUCCAGGCUACAGAAAAGCGUGGAGAUUGGGUUGUAUCUGCAAGAAACUUUAUUUCAUAUCACCGAGACAAUUUACUUAGAAAGACAGCAAAAUUUUGUAAGAAAUUUUCUAGUGUCUGUGGAACACUGUUUCGAGCAAUCAAACCUUACCCUGAAGUUUGUGCUCCCCUCAUCAGCAUUUAUUUCACAGGAAAAAGAAAGGAGCAAACUAAAGUCUAAGAGUAUAAACAAAGUAAAGCAAGUCCUUAAAGAACGUUUCUACACAAUUGUGAACAAUGUGCAGGAUGUAGAACCCUCUGCCAUAAUAAAAGGUGAGCACAGUUUUUGGCAAGAUUUUGGAAACUCCAUCAACAACAGACUUAUUGCAUUGGAUGUUACCAGGCCAGGAUGUGAUACAGCUGUUCUGAGUUUGUUGUCUGCUCACAUGUCCUCACUUAUUCCUCUUAAUGCAUGUGCUAAACUGCAACAUGGAAGUAACCCUAUGUUUUAUCCUCUUUAAGAGAGCCCAGCCCAUCAUUGUGCAGUGCAAAUAGAUAUCUAAAUGGUGCCAGCCAGCCAUUCAUUUGUCCCUUGACUGGUAUUGGUUGUUGUGGGCAGCACAGGGAUAGAAGGGCAACUCACAAGGCCUUCCGGGCAUUGGCUCUCCCCAGCUGCCUUCAUCCCUUUUCUAAUGGCACAAUUCACUUCUUUGUACCUGGAAGCUGCUUCAGAUUUACUUUUUCUUUAUUUCAAGGCCUCUCCUUUGGCCACAGAGAUCUAGCAGUCCUCAAUUUUUGGGGAGAGAAUUGGCUGAGUUGAUGGCUCUGAGCAAACUUGGAGUCUGAGACCCCUGUCACUGAUUUUGACAAGGCCAAAUUUAUUCCGUUCCUGCCCAUUGCUGGUAGGCAUCUGGACUGAUCUUGGCAUUGUACUUAUAUUUGUAACCAAGUACAAGAAAGAUGUCCUUUUCGACAUUGGCUUUGUAACUGUAUAACCUUGUCUAGCCGUUGGUUAAACUCUUCCACUUUUUGUCUUUGUGCAAGGAAAUCUGAGCAUAUGCUUAGACAAUGGUGACACUAUGAAGCAUGGCAGGUAUAGGUGUACAGCUUAUGACACACCCCUAUGUACAAGGAAGUCAAAUCCGCCAUUCUCCUCACUGUACCAGAGUUUGUGGCCCUUGUCAGUUGCAGUCUCCUCAAAUCCUGACCCAUCUGCCAGUCCCAUUGGUGCGUUCUAACUUUUGGGUGAGAUCUUUCAUUUUGCGACUCAGGUGUAAUGUUGUGGGAUGUUUCAUAUAUUUUCCAUUAAAACUUGACAAAACAAAGCAGUAUGCUUAUGUUGCUUCUAGUGAAGUCUGAUGUGAACUUUGUACAGCUUAAAAUAAAGGAAUUUUCGAUCACACAUUUGGAGACAUUUUCACCAACUCCUUUUUUUAAAACUUUUGCAUCAUAUCUACAUGCAAACACACACAGGAGAAAAACUAUUUUAAAAAACCAGCCAGUUUUGUUGGUUGUUUCAGUUGCAAUGUUCUGUGAUAGGUUUUAGAGAAUGCUCAUGUGUGCUGUACAAAAUAGUCUUUAAUCCCAGUUGCAAACCACUUCACACUGUUCAUAACAUUAAAAAAAAAAAGCUACAGUUUACUUAAAAAUUUUUAUUACUUGUAACUGCAGGCCAACUGAGGAUAUAUUGUCUUUCUGAAUUCAUGCAAUGCUCAUCACCAUUUCAGUCUGCAGGUACCCAAGUGUUCAUCAACAUUGGCAUCACAUGAAUUACAAAUUUUUCAAGAUUAUU